CUUGGCAUUAGUUAAGGUACUGCUGACCCCACAUGCGGAGGGAGUGGCAAGGAUCUGUCUCCUUGGCUUGCAUCCCCGUUCCUUCAAUUGGCGUUCUGAGUCGUGUCAAGGCCGAAAAUCGAGACCCAUUGCUCGACAGUCCAAACCUUGGACAAUCUUGACCUGCUGAACCCCUAUCCGAACUCCAUUCUUACUUUUCAUCCUGGAAGACUAGUUAGAACAGCGAUUCGAUCCGUGAAGUUUGUGCUUUCGCCGACGGCUCGCUUUCAUGUCUCUCGUUUAAACAUCCGUUCGAUUGAUUGACUUGCCAUUUGGCGGGCCUGCACAUGUGCGACCUCGUCCUAUAAACUCUCACACCUUGUUCGCCUCCUCGGGACUGCGAACUUGUCCCUAUGCGACGCACGUCGGUUUCGCUGCCGACGAAGCACCUCGCCUACGAUCCGCACGAGAAACCCGACCGCUACAACUCGAGCAACCGGCAUCCGACCAUGCUAGCGAAAAUGCAGUCCGCCUGGGCGUCGCAAUCGCAACGGGCGCGCUACAUCAAAACAGGCGCCAUCAUAUUUGUUGUUUUCUUGCUUUUCUACUGCCUCUCGCCGGCGGGGGUCGAUCUUUACCAUGGCGUGGGGACUCAAGCUCAGGGAAAUUCCCAAGGUCAAACACCAUCCGACUCUUCAUAUGGCACCGACCGAUGUACAAGGUCCUUUUCGAAGGAUAAGCCCAUCGUGCAGUACGUCUCCAUGAUUGAUGCCGGCAGCACGGGGUCGCGCAUCCACGUCUAUAAAUUCAACAACUGCGGGGCUGCCCCCGAGCUCGAGGGCGAAGUCCUGUUCAAGCAGACGCAGAAGAUCGAGGGACAGAGUAGCGGUCUUAGCGCAUAUAAGGAUGACCCGGAGGCGGCUGCCAAGAGCUUGGAUACGCUCCUCGAUGAUGCCUUGAAGGUCAUCCCGGACGCACUGAAGGCUUGCAGCCCUAUCGCCGUGAAGGCGACUGCCGGGCUACGCCUGAUUGGUGAAGAGAAGUCUGGGAAGAUUUUGGAAGCUGUCAGACACCGCCUCGAGACCAAGUACCCCUUCCCCGUCGUCUCGGCGGAAGAGAACGGCGUUGCGAUUAUGGACGGUAGUGACGAGGGUGUCUACGCUUGGAUCACGACCAACUACCUGCUUGGCAGGAUUGGUGGACCGGACCGUAGUGAGACGGCCGCAGUGUUCGACCUUGGCGGCGGCUCCACACAGAUCGUCUUCCAGCCAAGUUUCGAGGGCCUCACCUCGGGCGGCAUGCCGGAUAAGCUGGCCGAUGGCGACCACAAAUACGAAACCAACUUCGGCGGCCGCAAGUUCACCCUCUAUCAACACUCGCACCUGGGCUACGGCCUGAUGUCUGCGCGGGACGCCAUCCACGCCACGCUAGUCAACGACCUCUAUGAGGUCAACAAGGACGAUUUGUCCUGGACGAAACGAGCAGUCAUUCACCCCUGCUUCAAUGCCGGCAUGUCCAAAACGCUCAAGGUGAACCUGGCCAAAGACCAUCCUCUAGGCCCAAGCGUCGAGUUGAACAUGACGGGCCCUUCCUCCGCGGCCCCGGCCCAGUGCCGAGCACUGGCCGAGCGCAUCCUGAGGAAGGAUGCCGAAUGCAAGCUCGCCCCGUGUUCCUUCAACGGCGUGCACCAACCGUCCAUCGCGAAGACGUUCGCUCGUGAAGACGUCUACUUCCUGUCCUACUUCGCCGACCGCACCCAGCCGCUCGGCAUGCCCGAGUCCUUCACCCUGCGCGAGAUGGCGGACCUCGCUAACCGCGUGUGCGGCGGCGAGCGGGAGUGGGAUGUAUUCAGCAGCGUGCCGGGGGCGCUGGACGAGCUGCGGGAUCGCCCCGAACACUGUAUGGAUCUGAACUUCAUGGUCGCGUUGACGCACACCGGGUACGAAAUGCCGCUUGACCGGGAAGUGAGAAUUGCGAAGAAAAUUAAAGAUUAUGAGUUGGGCUGGUGUUUGGGCGCGAGCUUGCCGUUGCUUACCAAGGGUUCGGGCUGGGAAUGCAAGGUCACUACGGUGCAGUAGACCGAAAUGGAAAAGGGGCAGUUUCGAGUCCAAGGAGACUCGGCCCGCAAGCGGAACCAUGAUCACUUGCGCUUGUAGACAUUCCAGGCUGGCCGGGGCUGAGCGCUACAGAUGAUGUCGUGAUCGGAUUCGGCGUUCUUGGGGAUCAAUUGUAAGGCUUCUAAACGGGACUGGCCAGUUCUGCACCGACUGGACGAAGUUAUGUAGGGUAUGUUUGGGGUAACCUGGAAGCGGCAAGCUGUAAGGUAUUGAAAGACGGUUAAUAACCCAGCGAGCUAGGUGUUGGCCAAACAUGGCUUUGAUCCAUAUUCUGACUUGGGACU